AUGAUCAUCGAGACGAAAUAUAUUAUAUUAACCACGAGCGGUCGAGAGAAGAUGAAUGGAGAAAAUUGGGACAGUGAUGAAGAAGUCCAAGUUCCAUGGACACUCAACAAAGCAGGAGGAAGGAAGCAGUCACAAACCAAAUACGUGGCAAGAAUUCUGAGAUUUGGUGAAGACACACGUGAACUGAUGCCAUAUUUGAAAGCCGCUCAGGAUGGCAAGGAUGUACCCCUUACUGGUGAUUUGAAAUAUGGCAGAGGCAAGAGAAACAAACAGCCAAAGUCUUGGUCAUCAGACAGUGAGAGCAAGGAUGAAAGUGACGAGGAGACUCUAUCUGACAGACAGCAGAAGAAAAAGAGGAAAGUAAGCCGUACAGCUGUGGGAUAUGAUGCUCGGGCACAAUUGAAGGCCCAACUUGCUGCUCUGGGAAGAACUUCACCGAAAGAUACAUGUACAGAAAUGGAAUCCCUGAAGAAGGAAGUCCUCCAGUUGAGAGAGGAAAACAAAUCCCUUCGAGAUGCAUUGAGGGUUGUUGAAGGACUUCCUGGCCUGCUAAUGAAGAUGGACGACUUAUCACGUCAGGCAACAAUACUAUCAGCUCGACGUCCUGCUGUCGCUCUGCCAGAGAGGAGCUGGCCAACAGCAGCUUGACAGGAAAAAAAUCCAAUGCUUUUAAGGAUAAGCAUGAGAAACCAAAACUGGAUGACAAGAAAGUGUCUGCUAUUAUUGAUUUUGUGAAGAAGCUCCAUCCCUCAAGUGAAGCAAAUGUGAUAAAGAAAAUCAUUGGAGUGAAACUGAACAUUGCGCAGAAAAUGGGAAAAAAAGAAGGCCUCAGAAACAAAUUCUGCUGGACGUCUAGCCGUCUCUAACAGUCGGGGAAGCGCGGUGAUCAUGUUGAUU